UCUAUUUCCUAUCACACAACCACACACACACACACAGAAAAAAUAUGUCUUCCAACAACCCGGCCCUUGAUCCGGAUACGGACUCUCCAUCUAACCCGGGAAACCAGUUAGCGCAGUUCGGAGCCGGGUGCUUUUGGGGUGUGGAGCUAGCUUUUCAGCGGGUAGAGGGUGUGGUGAAAACCGAAGUGGGUUACACACAAGGUCAUGUUCAUAACCCGAAUUACAAUUUGGUAUGCACCGGAACAACCAAACACUCUGAAGUUGUUCGGGUCGAGUUUGACCCGACUGUUUGCCCGUACACCAACUUGCUUUCUCUGUUUUGGGAUCGCCAUGAUCCUACUACCCUUAAUCGCCAGAAAGGUGAUGUGGGUACCCAGUAUCGAUCAGGGAUCUACUAUUACUCUGAAGAACAGGCUCGUUUAGCAAAAGAAUCGCUGGAUGAAAAGCAGAAAGAUUUUAGCGCUAAGAUUGUGACGGAAAUUCUCCCAGCCAAAAGAUUCUACAAAGCUGAAGAGUACCACCAGCAAUACCUGGAAAAGGGUGGACGUGGAGGUUCUAAACAGAGUGCGGCAAAGGGAUGCAACCAUCCAAUAAGGUGCUACGGAUGACGAAGUACGUAUUUACCUAAACCAUAAUACAAUAAAUACCAGACUAAUGUUGUUUGUCUGUAUUUGCCUUUCAAGUUAAUAAUCAUGUUGAAGAAUUGCUAUCAAUCUAAACUUGUGAAGAACAGAAAUCUUUAUUAGAUAAUUGUACACCAUCAAAGUGUAAUGUUUACAUCAAGAUAAUAAAAUUUUAACGUUUAAUGAAUAAAAAUUAAAACUUAGCACUA